AUGAGCACUGCUCUUUCCACCGGCGACGGCGCGACUCAGCGCGAGGAGUGCCCCACCAGACAGUUCUUGUGGGAGGGUGCGUCCACCUACUGCUCCUAUUGCUCCGGCUUUCACUCUGACGACGCAAUUCUACUGCCCCAGCUCCAGGCCCACAUGCCGUCCGAUGUUGGCGGCGGGAACCCCUCGGGUCUCAACAGCCAAGGCGCCCUCUGA